AUGGCGGGGAAGAAUGCCGUGAUCGUCGGUUUGAGCGGCUGCUCUUCCAGCGGGAAGACGACACUCGCCCGUCUACUAAGAGAUAUUUUCCCCAGUACAUUUAUUCUCCAUGAGGACGAUUUCUACAAAGCCGAAUCCGAACUACCAAGUAAGAAUGGUCUCUUGGACUGGGACUGUCCUGAGUCCAUAUCUAUCCCUGAUAUGGAAAAAGCCCUCAUUCACAUCCGUGAGAAUGGCACUUUCCCGCCCUUUGUAGACUCGAAAGAAGACCAAAACUCCGUCGGAAAAUGCCCAGUCUCCACUGACAAGAUCGCCGCCAUGAAAGCAAAAGUCGAAGCCUGGCUCCAGCCCGGCAAGCCAGGACACGCCAUCUUCACCGAGGGCAAGCUCAAUGUCUGUCUCUUUGACGGCUUUCUCCUCUACUGCAAGGAAAUGGAGACGACCAUGGAGCUUAUCGACAUCAAGCUGUUCCUUCUCGUGAGCCGCGCCAAGGCGACGCAGCGGCGCGAGGCCCGCGAUGGGUAUGUCACACUGGAGGGAUUCUGGCAAGACCCUCCCGGGUACGUGGACAAGAUUGUCUGGCCUAAUUAUGUCGAGUCUCACUCGUGGCUUUUUGAGCAUGGAGAUGUCGAAGGAAAGUUGAAUGCGGAGGUACUAAGUGAGAAGAACAUCAAGGCACAGCUUGGCAAGGGACUGGAUAUUGAUAUGGAGACUACUCUGGAGUGGACUGUUGACAUUAUCAUCACGGAGUUGGAGAAGCGUGCUUCUGAGAAGGUUUAA